AUGACAGAUUUCUUCUUAUUUUUUCUGCUGGGAAAGGCAAUGGGAAAUACAGCGUCUAAGAUGGCUUAUUCCCCAGCCUGGCCUGAUGACCUUACAAACCCAAUGGAUGUCUUGUUAAUCGACGCUCCAACAUGUGGGCUGGAUUGCUACAGUAACAAGAACUGUAUGUCCUUCGCCUACGACUCGGCCAAAGGACAGUGUAAAAAAUAUAAAGGCAAUUUCUUUGGGAACUUCCAGAAUAUCUCCCGGAGACAUCCGCGGACGGAUAUACCUAUCUAUGAUAGUCCUAUGUACUUCUUUAACCUGUCGCAUGCUCUUGACCGUGGCUACAUGAUGGACAGAGACGCCGGACUAUGUUACAAGGUAGCCAGUGAACACGUGUCCCAUGAUGAGGCUGAAGCAGCAUGUUCGCAGGACAAGGCUCGUCUUCUGGCCGUCCAAACCAUGUCACAGUUGAAUGCAGUCCAGGCGUAUGUCAACUCCACAGGAUCAAAAUUUGCCUUACACGUGGCCGGAUCUGGAGAGGAUAUGACGUAUUACAACACUCAGCCAAUCCCAGAUAUCUUGCUUUCCGCUAACGGAUAUAAUGUCACGGGCAACUGCACACAUUUAACGAUGUUUGGUCUCUCCAAUGGCGAGUGUUUCGACAAGCUCCCAUUCAUCUGUGCUUAUUAA